GUGCGCGCUGUGGCAGCGGUGUGCAGCAGCAUGGCAGACUGCAGUGCAUACAGUGUGGAAGAGGCGGGGUUUGACAUCUCGGCUCUGAAAACAUCUCUAAUCCAGUAUUUCAGGUAUCCAAGUCGACCGAGCGACCAUUGCUCACUACCGCCGCGCGUCAGUCAACCGCAGCCGAGACGGAGUCGCUUUGAACCGGAGUACCGCAAGUGUACGGAGGCGACUGUUGUGUCCGAAGUGGAGCUGUGGCUGGCAAAGAAGUCAUACCAAACCAAGAAAGAGUGAAGUUUGAACGUCAGAAGGCAACACGUCCCUGGCUGGACGGCGGAGUAGUUUUCCAUAGCGUCUCUGCCUGUAUACGUUUAAACCAGAGACUCUUUUUUUUGUUUUGCUUCUGAGCUUCUUUUUUUCACCAAAGUCAACCCGAAAUACUCGGAAUCCUUCUCUGUUCACUUUAAAGGAAUUUGCAGCUUUUUGUUGGUCUUUACUGUCUUGGAGCCUGGCCGUGUUUGCUGUCUUCACUGGAUCAAUCUUUACUGUGGGGGAACUUCUGAGAGGAGUAAUGAAGUGCAGAUGAGAGUCGGUGUCAUGCAGCAGAUUGUGCUGAGGGGAACCUGCAGUCCCGUCUGAGGCAGCUGUGCGGCGUUGACCAGCAGUUUCGCAAGAUGACCGAGCCAUUUUUCUGCAUGAGCAAGAUCUAUGUUUUCCCAAGUAAAGGACAGCAUAUUUCCAAAGGAUUAUCAAACCGAAGACUUGGACUGUAACCUUUCCCUUUUGCCUGUUUUUAAUAUAUUAAUUUUCCUCUUUCUACUUUUUUUUUUUCCCAUCAAAAAGAUUUUUUAACUUGUGCUCAAAGUGAGAGAAGCUUUUCCCUGAGCUGCUGAAAUAGACCACUAGCCCAUGUGUUGCAGGGCAGUUGCUGCAGCUUGUGGAAUAACUUAGCCUCAGACUGUUGGGGUAUCAUUCCCUCAGGGGCCACAGGAUCUGAUCCCAGCACCAACCUGCCCUGUCCUCUGAUUAUCCCACCAGUCUUAAGGUAGACUUCACUGACCAAUGGCAUGGGUCAAGUUCUUCAGGAAGCCGGGAGGCAAUCUGGGGAAAUCGUACCAGCCUGGGAGCAUGCUGUCUCUGGCACCCACCAAAGGACUUUUGAAUGAACCGGGCCAGAACAGCUGCUUCCUCAACAGUGCUGUGCAGGUACUGUGGCAUCUGGACAUCUUCAGGCGCAGCUUGAGGCAGCUACCUGGCCACUUCUGUCUGGGAGACUCGUGCAUAUUUUGUGCAUUAAAGGGUAUUUUCUCCCAGUUCCAGCACAGUCGGGAGCGUGCCCUUCCUUCUGACAACCUGCGUCACGCCUUGGCAGAGACCUUUAAGGACGAGCAUCGCUUCCAGCUGGGCUUCAUGGAUGAUGCCGCCGAGUGCUUUGAGAACAUUCUGGAGAGGAUCCACCUUCACAUUGUGCCUGAGGAGACGGAUGCCUGCACUUCAAAGUCUUGUAUCACACAUCAGAAGUUUGCUUUGUCGCUGUACGAGCAGUCUGUGUGUCGUAGCUGUGGGGCAUCCUCCGACCCACUCCCAUUUACAGAGCUGGUGCAUUAUAUCUCCACCACUGCACUUUGCCAACAGAUGCUUCAGCGUAGAGACGAGUCUUUUGGGGAACUGUUACAAGUAGCAAGUACGAUUGGAGACCUUCGAAACUGUCCAAGCAACUGUGGGCAGAGGAUUCGGAUCAGACAAGUCCUCAUGAACUCCCCAGAAAUAGUGACCAUAGGCUUUGUAUGGGACUCGGAUCAGUCCGAUCUCACAGAGGAUGUUAUCCGCUCACUGGGGCCUCAUCUCAGUCUGUCUGCGCUUUUCUACAGAGUUACAGAUGAACAUGCCAAAAAAGGAGAACUGCUGCUCGUAGGAAUGAUCUGCUAUUCCAGCCGCCACUACUGUGCCUUCACUUUCCACACCAAAUCUUCCAAAUGGGUCUUCUUUGAUGAUGCUACUGUGAAAGAGAUUGGCUCAAGAUGGAAAGAUGUGGUCAGCAAGUGUAUCAAAGGUCACUUCCAGCCUCUCCUACUUUUUUACUCAAACCCUGAUGGGAGUGCCAUCACCACAGAAGAUGCCUCGAGACCAAACAGCAGGCAGUCCCAUGACAAGUUCUCCAUCAAUGGAGAAGUACAAGGCUUUGAGUCUCCAGUGUCAGUGCCCAGGAAGCUGGACCUCACUACAGAGAAUCUGAAAGCUGUGCUGGGCAACGACUCUCUGAAAAAGAAGACUCCCUCGACUCUCAGCAGGGGUAGUGCUCAGACCAGCGGAGGACGGGGGGCAGGUAAAACUGGCACCAGCGAUCCAAAGAGUCGCCUCAGGGAUAUUUCCAGAGAAGUAGCCCAAAAAGCAGGAGAAUUACGGGGAAUGCAUUUGUCAAGACAAGAUGCCGAUCGAAGUGGUCCGCGCAGGCUGGACACACGGUAUAAAGAUUUAGGUCAGGACAGGACCUACUCCCGCUCUGCUUCCCCUCCGGAGAAUGGCUUCAAAAAAUACAUUGAGACACGACUGUACAGCAGCCAAGGAAAGGGCCCAAUCCGGCCUGAGCGAAUGCCGCAGCUCGGUGGCCGGUCCUCCCAGGAACCAUCUCGCUCCCACUCCAGGGUCCAGGUUCUCCCCAGCGUGCCCACUGUAAGAAGUGGCCAUCACAGCCGGAGGGUGGAUCAGCUUUCCAACGGGUACGACACUGACAGCAGCCAAGACUCCCGAGAUCGAAAUGAGGGGAGCAGCCGCAGCAGAGCCAGUCGUCCUUGGAGGCCCAUGCGCGAGGCGCUGAACGUGGACAGUGUUUUAAGCAGCGUAGAUACUGGAAAUCCAACCAGUGAAGAGCGAAAGCACCACAGUCCUCGCAGAAGGCCCAGCAGCCAGUCGCCAUCACGUGAGCAAGAGCACGACAGAGAUUUUACAUGGGGAGGGAAGGAGGAGCGCAAACCCAAGAGCCUGAUGACCAUCUAUGAGGAUGAGCAGAGGCAUGACACUGGUGGCAGUCGAAGCUCGCUGGACUCAGAGGGCAGAGGAGGCCACAAUGACAAGGAACGAUCGAAGAGUUCGGCUAGUCUUAAAGUGCGCAACGAUAACUGGAAAUUCCAGAGAACCGAAUCCGGAUAUGAAAGCAGUGACAGACUUAGCAAUGGCUCUGCAAACCUUGACUCGCCUGUUGUCGACGGCCUUUCUUCCAAGGAUCUCCGGCCCAUCCCUGAGCUGCAUCAGAUGAGGGAUCCCUUCCCUCACAGAGGAUGUGAGGAUUUUAGAGCAGAUGUCAUGUACUCAGCAUUUUCAACUGGUGACACGGGCAGAAAAUCUCCAGACCUUCAUGACUCGGGCAUCCUGUCUGGUCAGCCUUUACAAAGAAAAAGGGCCUUCAGAUACACGCCUGGGGUUUUGGAAAAAAACAAUGGCCUGGACAGCGAACAAGAGGAAAAUGUGGAUCACAGCCCGACAAGCCCAGUGCCUCCUUAUUUUGCCAAGACCAGCAGUUCAGAGUGGAACAGCUCCGAUGACCUUGCAGGACCUUUCUCUGAACAAGAAGAGACUGGCACUGCCCAUGUAGACUCUUUCUCGCAGAGCUAUCCACCACCUUUACCCCCAAAGAUGGUUGGCAGCAUUCAGGCCGACCCAUCUGGCCUUCACUCCAGACCACCAGAGGUGCCAGCACGCCUGAGCCCCUGCAGUGAGCCCAAAAAUGGCUCCUCCCAGCUCUCCCAUACCACCCUCCGGAGGUGGAUUGAGACACCUGCUGAGCACAGGCUUUCAUCUGACGCCAGUUCCAAGUCAGGGUCAUCCGACCAGGACAGGAACGAUCUGUCGGCCAGCGAAAGCGACGACAGGUUGCCCAGUCCAAAGCCCAGACGUGAUGACGGUAACGACUCCUCUCUGAAAGAUUUGGCUUUCCCCACCACCUUCUUCUCUGUGGAUGGCUGUAUGACAGACACUUACCGGGCCAAAUACCACAAGAAGUCUGCCUUGCACAUGAAGGCAGAGGAACAUACCUCAUCAGGGGAGAGUGAUGUGGAAGGGAGGGGGCUGCCCUUUGCCAAUGUCCAGACCCUAGAGCCCCCUAGGAGCAGAACAGAAUCAGGCUAUUCUACAACAAAGACUACUGCAAAGUGGAAUCCGGUUACUACAAAAGGACUCGAUGAACAUGGUUUUCUAUGAUUUUAGCUACAACUGCAUUGGUGAUUCAAAGACUGGACGACAGAAGGAAUGAUUUCCACAGUGUGGUUCUUCUGUAGAAGGUGGGUAUUCCCAUGUACUUUAAACAGAAAGUAGGAAGUGAAACUGGACACCAAAGAGAUUAUAAAAAGAGAGGCAGAUUGCUUUAAUUAGCUAUGUGGCUGCUGAAAACACUGAACAGUGAAUUUGCACAGUGCAGAGUCCGAGAAGGGUACUCAAAGAAUCGCGUCUAGAAGAGUUUGCUGGACAUUUGCUUUUCUAGGGUUCAGAAUGUGUCUCAUAAAGCUACUUUAACACUUAAGAGAUUAAAAAAACAUUUUCUUGUUUAAAGGAAAAAGUUCCAUUCCCUUAUUUUCUAACCACUUCUAUUUCAGUGUUAUUGGGCAUCUGCCCCAGUUCUGUCAGGCAUGUGUUUUUUUUUGUUUUGUGUUUUUUGGGGGCCUACUUGUCAUUCAGUGGGUUUCGAAGAAUACAAAGGUUUUACUUAUAUUCAGCUAUAUUUCAGUUACAGACGGAAUGUUUUCUUAGAGCAUGAGGUGCCAUCUCAGGCCCACUUUUGGCACCAUUUCAAAAUAGAUCCCAAGGAUCUGUGUGAAUAGGAACCUCCAGAUUGUUUUUUGGCUCAUGAGAUACAUUUGCAUGUUUGUUUGUUCUUUAGUUUUUUAUUUUAUUUUAUUCUAAAUAAGAAUGCAAACAGAGUAAGAUUUAUCCUUGAUCAUGGAGUUUCUUAGUAAACAGCAGGUACAGUCAACAUUGAAAUAUGAAUCAUAACUCCUGAACAGGGCCGCCCUGAUAUUUUGAGGUGAUGGAUGAAUAUAUUAAAGUGAUAGCUUAUGCAGUAGAAAAAAGUUUAGCACAUCCAAACUUUUUACAUGCACACCUGAUCAUAUUCCAUCCUUUUUAAGUAUUUGCUGUUUCCUAUGUCUAAGCACUGUACCUGUACCUGUUAUUUUUCACACUCCUCACAGUUGUUUCUUUUGGAAAAACUGGUUAAUUUAAUAGUUUUACUGUUUGUGGCAUAAUGAACUUAAUGGACAUGGAUAUGUCACAGUUCAACACUGCAAACUGGGCUUUUCUUUAAGGGGAGUUGUAGAUAAAGUGUUGUAACGGUCUUCUGUUUCUUAAGGUUUGGAUGUUUUAUAUAUGCAGCAGACUAAUGCACAGUGCCUUUUAUAUUUUUCUAUGGCAAGACAACAUUGAAAUGGAGCCAUCAUUUGUACAGUUCUGUGAUAUGAAAUAAUUUUUGUAACAUGUAAUUUUAUUUUUAUGAACAGAUGUUAAAUAAACUGUUUUAUUUAACCAUGUGUGUGUGUUAUGCUCGGCUUCAGAACAUAAAGCCAUUCCUUUUUCAAAUUUCCACCUGAUUCACAUAAAAUCUGUUGACCAGCGUUGGCUUUGGAGCAAAGGUGCCCUUCAGUGUGAGAAGCAACAAUCAUAGAAAACUGGUGAUUUGCUACCACCUGCUGUUAGUUACCAUGGUUGCAUCUUCAUGUCCAUUUCUGCUUGUCCAACCACCAGUUCAUGCCUUUUUAAUACAUUUAAGUGAUUGUU